UUCUUUUCUUAAACGGGCCUUGAUUGUGCUUCUGGUCAACAAAGCGUAGCUUCCUUGCCUCACCAAAAAAUCGCAAAAUCGGUCGCUUCCUGGUUUUUACUCGCCUAGGGUUACCUAAGGCGCAGAGACACGAGCCUUGUUGCGCUCUGCGCCUAGGCGCGCUUUUUAAGACCAAGAUUUUUAGUCCAAAAUGGAGCACGGUUCAUAUAAGGAUCAGUCAGCUUCAACAUUUUCUUUGGCCGAGGAUCAUACACUGGCGAACGCUCUAAGAUUUACCCUCAACCAAGAUCCAAGAGUUUCAGUCUGCGGAUACAGCAUUCCUCAUCCUUCAGAGGCUCGAGUCAACAUAAGAGUCCAGACAACUGGUGAUCCCGCAAAAGAAGUACUGAAAGACUCGUGUCAAGAUUUGAUGAUGAUAUGUCAGCAUGUACGGAGCACCUUUGACCAAGCUGUCGCUGAUUUUAAAAACGAUAGCGGUUCUGAAAGCGAGUAAAUGGACAACUCUUUUGAUCGUUUUAUAUUUCUACCUACUUAUGGAUUAUAUAGUUUGAUAUUAUUUGUUAUGAAUGGUGGAAUUAUUUGAUAUUACUUACGGAAAGACAGACGAGACAAGAACUACAUAAUUA